ACCAAAGGCGAGGAGACCAACUGAACUGGCAACUAACCCGGCGACCUGCCAAGCGGCUACAGUAGCCGUGACGUGUCUCCGUGGGACUACUACUUAACGAUGGAGACCAGACAACAAGAGUCUUGGGGCGAGGACUGGGGCAGCGUGGGCCCUGGAGAGGAAUGGGUUAACCCCACAACGCACCAGGCAGAGCAGGGUUUCCUGGACUCGGACCCUCUGAGAGAAGCAGACGAGCACACGGCGUCAUACAUCAUCCUGACUGAAGCAGAGCGAGAAGAAAUACAACAAGAACUGACUAGACUGGAGGAGGAGAUCAGUACUUUGAAGCAAGUGUUGGCGUCUAAAGAGAAGCAACACAGUGAACUUAAACACAAACUUGGAAUUAAUCCUCUCAUUGAAAUACGCAACAACUUCACUCGAGGAUGGCAGGACAUGCAGAGCUCUACUGCCUACAAGAGGACGUCAGAGACGCUAAGCUCAGCUGGACAGAAGACCUCAGUGGCCUUCAGCACCCUGGGCAGCGCCAUCAACAGGAAGUUUGGAGACAUGAGGUCCGGUUCCAUUGGCUACUCUAUCACACACUCUGUCAGCAUGCCCGCCAUGAGAAACUCACCCAGCUUCAAGUCUUUUGAGGAGAAAGUUGAGAGUACAGUAAGCACUAUCAAGACCAGAGUUGGAGGUUCGGGCAUAGGAGGAAGCUUUGAGGAUGUUCUCUCCUCAGCUGCCAAGGCCAGCUCUGAGGACACGCCCAACAACGACUUGACUGACAUGCCAGAUAGGCCCCAGUAGACUAAAACGACUCCAAACAGUAUUUAUUCAUUUGUCUUCUAACAAAUUCAAUAUAUGCUGUAAUUGUGCAAAGUCGUUGAUAAGAUAUUUGUAAGUGAGUGAGUUGUCUUCUGACACCUAGUGGCCACUAAUCAACAUUACAUCGCAUGAGUGCUCACUUUUGUAUUCAUACUUUAUAAAAAACAGUCAACUAUGCUGCACAACAUUUAUAUUUUAAAAUAUAUUGUAGCUCUCUUAGGUAUAACAUUUGUGUAAAAAAAACAAUAGUGUUAAAACAUAGUUCAAUACUAACAUGCUGCUGCUGCAAGACAUUUAAAAGCUGGAUCGUGUUUUAUUCAUCAUUGUUUUCACACAAGGUUAAUAAAGAACCACACGCAAUUAAUGUACAGCACAUUGCAUGCACAGUAACCCUCAUUUAGUUGUAUCUGAAAUUUAAGCACUCAGGAGAAUGACAUGAUGCUGAAGGAAGGAAAGAUUGCUAAAGCAAUCUGAUUGAAUAUUUGUUGUAUUAGAAUAUGAACAAUCUGGGCUCUUUAAGGUGGCACACAUUGUCCAUCCAUCCAUUUUCUACCGCUUGUCCCUUUCGGGGUCGCGGGGGGUUGCUGGAGCCUAUCUCAGCUGCAUUCGGGCGGUAGGCGGGGUACACACUGGACAAGUCGCCACCUCAUCGCAGCCGGGCCGGCACACAUUGUAUAGUGUAAAUGUAUUUAACAUUGUCAUAUCCUUUUUCCUAUUGUUUGCUGAGAUUUGUAUUUUCAUGUCAACAUUUGAAGGUGACCGUCUUUUACAUGUUGAAAUAAAAGUGACUCUCAGGA